UGUGGAGCUAUUUGUGUGCACCUGAACACUGACGAAGGAAUGUGUUGCACAUUUUGCUGAUAUCAGUUUUUCUCAUCCCCCUCAGUGCAUGACCACACUCCAUGUUGACAAAAUUUCACUGGCAUUUUAAAUGAGGCAGCUGCAGGGAAAUUUAACAGUUUCCUAGAGACGCAUGUGACCAUUUAGUUGAGCUCAGUCUCCCUCCUGAUUGUUUCUUCUUGAAAAUAUGCAUGCAGAACAGAUGGAAUACAUUUAAGCACAAGAAUUGUAGUACUUCGUGCAAAUUGAGGAGGAAAGUUUAGUGGUUUGCUAGCGACCCACGUGUGCCUUUAGAUGAGCAUCUCCCGCGUGAUUUUUCUUCUUGAAAAUGUGCGUUGAUAUGCAUGCAGAACAGCUGAAGGAAUUCAGCUCGGUCUUCCUCCUGAUUGUUUCCUCUUGAAAAUAUGCGUUCAUCUGGAUGCAAGUGUCUCCUGGAAGUCAGAUUAUCAGUUGGGCUUUUUACGACUCUGCAAGAAAUGCAACACAAUCUUUUUUUGCCUUGCAGCCCUACUGUGCCUGGGCUGGAAGAUAUUUUUGAUGAUGCAAGAAGUGCAAUGACUGAGGAAAUUAAUGUAAUGUGUGCAAAGAUCCUUGUUAUUGGAUAAGCACAAUGAUAUUUCAUAUAGAAAAUCACUUUUCUACUGGUUGGGAAUAGUGCUUGAGCCUGGUAUGGUCCAGGCAUAGUUGGGACUGGGUCGUAAGUCCUUCGGAUACAGGCACGUGGUCACAAACCAUUGAAUGUAGGUAAAUAAUGGGAGCUAGCUGGUGUGGGCUACCAAAGGCAUCGCGCUUAGAAAAGGUUACACUCUUUCACUGGGCCACAUCGUCUUUAACAGCAAUUAACGCCACGAUACUGCACGUAGAUGGAGAGGGUGAGCGAAAAUUUAGGCAGUUUCUCCCGUUGCCUGGCGACCAACCGCAUGCUACUAACAACAAAACUCAACGCGCCUGAAGUCAUACACGGUCAGCAACUGAACGCAAAAUAAACUUGGAAAAUGUCUGGCACUGUGUCUUCGGUUGAGGGAGAGCUCAACGCAAUUGUGAAAGAGUACAUCGUGUAUCUGGGCCUGGAUGAGCUUUCGAAGUUAUUUGAUGAAGAGUGCCAGAAGAACAACAGACCAAUUCAAGACAGCUUUUGCGGUUCGUACCGCGGUGAAAGGAUGCGAAAGAUCCAGAAUGAACUUCUGAGGUUAUUUCAUGAGGGAAACCACGGCCAGUUCUUCCCCAUGUGGGACGCAUGCAUUUCCACGAACAUUGACGAAGGAAACAGUGCCGCGCGCAGUUCGAUGCUGAAGUUGGAAUUCCAACUUCGCGUUCACUUCGCUGUGUUUCCACUGCGUCGCUCUGAAGACGUGGCAAAAGAAGAGGUGGAAAGUGCAAUGUUCCAGUUUCAACGAUAUCUGGAAGCAAGAGGGGCAAUGCUCGGUGACAUAAAAGAAUUCCUGGUUUAUUGCGCCUUGCCGUAUCUCCCAAAUCCAAGAUUGCAUCCGUCAUUCGAGGAAGUGUUCAAGGAAAGUUGGAUAGAGGAACUUCAAAUUAAAGUAGAGGACUUCGUCAGGGAGGCCCUGAAGGACACCAGUCGGAACUGUCUGCAGCCUAGACUUCUCAGUCUAUAUUAUUGUAACGAUAUGGAAUUGAACGAUCUGCGCGAAGAGUUUCGGCAGUUGGAAAACAGGUACAGAGACACAGAGAAGCAGCACAUGGCUCAACGCAAGCAGCUUACCAAAUUGCAGGAGGACUACAGGAAACUGACCAAUGUGACGGCAGAUCUAAUUACAGCUGUAGAGACUGUCGUCCGCGGCGAUAUGGUGGAUAUCGAUGAGAUUCUGUCAUCGUGCGAUAAACAUUUUCCGGAGAUGCUUCAAGCACCCAGAUCCCAAUCCCACCUUUCAAUCGAUGAAAGCCUCUCACGUGUCCAGCAGCUCCGUUCUAUUCUUUCUCGGCAAAGCAGCAUUGACACGGAUAAUCCACUACAGAAGUUCAACUACACGAGGAUAAAGCAGGACCUGUUAUCCGGGGACAUAAUACGAAAAUGUUUCUUGCUUCAAGCACUCAGAUGGAAAAUAACCAAGCCGCCAACAUUUGAGAAACGAGACGCUGUUGUACAAGCCUUUGUGAAUAACGAUCUGCUCGGAUUAGAAGCGCAGCAGUCUGAAUAUUGUGAUCGUAUACUACAUAUGGUGAGGUCAGCUAAUAGCAACCUGCAGCAAACAUUUACGAGGUUCUUAAAUGCUUUCGCAUCAUUCAGUAAAGGUCGUACCUAUUUGUCCAAAAGUUCCAGGCUCCUGUCAAUACUGACAGACUCUCUCAUCAACGGGCACUACCUAAGCACAACAGCCCACGACAUGAUGCUGGGAACUUUGCAGAAGUUGAGCCUGAGGCGACCACUGCAAGAGUUUAUGAUUAAUGAGGGGAUUCUCGAAUGGGCAGUGAAGAGAUUAGAAAAUACGGACGUGUUGACGGACUACAGCCUGGAGUAUGCCAUAGCGCUCUUCAUGAAUCUAUGCCUACAGUCAUCAGGCAAAGAGCGUUGCCUGCAGAUGGUGCGUCCAACUUUACUGGUCCUGAAAAAGUUACUCAUGCUCGACAAUGCUGAGAUCCUUCCUUACGUGAACGGAGCACUUUACAGUCUGCUGUCGAAGGAAGAUAUAAGGCAAGCGGCACUAGAAAUGGACAUGGAAGCAGACUUACAGGGUCUCAUGAAUGCCUCGCAACCGGAGAUAAGAAAGCAAGUGGAAUUUGUGCUCAACAAGUUAACAUCAUAUAAUGAUUCAGGAGACAUUGCACAAAAUUCAAAUCCUGGAAGUGGCAGUGAGGAUGAUGAUGAUGACGAUGAAGAAUCCGAAAUUGAGCCUGAAAUCGAUUCAAAGGACCCCAUCGAGGCAAUGUCAAAUGAAAUGCAUGGCGAGCAUCUGCUGAAAUUGUGUUACACAGAGGAGAGCCGGCCACAGACAGUGAUACGGCAUGGGGGCAACAACUCCAGGAUGAAUAUGUCAUCAGGGAGGUCACUGCAAAUGAGCAGCUCACCAAAACUCGCGGAUUCUUUGAGCGAGACUUCAAACUCUGCAAAUGAAUCUCUUCCGCAGUCAGAUCUCGAUGAAGGUGAGCGCACACUACACAGCCGUUGUUCCUGCACAAGGUUCAUGUUGUCUAUAUUUCAAAAGCAGCCAUUGUGCAGCCGACGCAGAUACUUCAGGCAACUGAGCCUCAAAUCACCUUGGAACAAUGCAGACAAACUCCAGUGACAAACGAAAGUAUCAGUAAUGACGCCGAAGUCGUGAAAGACAUUGCUCACCAUGGUGAGAGUACCAGUGGAAUGGGUCCAG